AUGGACACUUUGUUACAGCAUGCUUACAUUGCCCGCCUUGACGAGACGCUCUUCUGUCCUAGCAGUACUGCGGCAAUCGAUUCGCCCUUCCCACUUUCGAGCAUUUUCCCACCGCCAGCGUCUCCAAAUGCCCUUGAAGACGCCAACGCCAGCCAUGAGAGGCGACGAGAAGGUGUACCUGUCCGCGUUGACGGUGUGGAAAGGGAUAGAGCCUUGCUAUCCUCCCGAGAGGAGGCGCUGUCUCGCAGCUCGAUCAGACCACUUGACCGCGGGCAUCCACCACCGCCAGCAGAACUCUGGUCGCAUGAAGCUGGCGAACGCACACCGGAUAGGACUUACUGGCAGCACACACAAGCUGAGCUUCUCCCCAGACCGGCGGGCCAUCUGGACCAAAGCGGAGAACUCGUAAAUGGCUUGAUAAUACCAACUCAGGAUGGCACACACCACGCUCUUGGAUUCUGGGAAAGCCUGGACAGCAUACUGCAUUCCUCGCGCCCUCCGCUCAGCUCCUAUGCCGUUGACCACAGUGCUGUCAUUGUGGACGACCACAGGGGCAGUUACGAUUUCAGCGACUUCUUGCAGAGGUGGAAUCGAAGGGAUUCUGAGGCGCCGGCUUCGGUUCAGGCUCUCCAACCGAAUGAUGACAAUCUGGAAGCGCGAGUGCAAGAUGUCGCUCGAGAGGAUACCCAUGCCGCACCCGUGGAUAUGCAGGGGAUACGCUGGGAUAUCGCUGUGAGAAGCACAGCACUCAGUACCAGACGAUGCUGGCAUCCCACUUCGACGAAGUACGUCAGUCCACCUUCCAUUGAGGGUCCUGCUCAGGCUUUGAGAACGGAUGCGGAAGCAAAUUACUGCUUCAGGCGCUUCUCUCCCAAACAUCGCGCACAGAUCAGCCAUCAUCAACUUCGCAAUACUCUUGCCGCUAACCGCAGGAACGACGUGUUCUACGCCGCUGGCGACAAGGUUUACCGGACAUCGUUGGCAUCUUCCGAGACACAUGACACGAUCAUUGACCUCUCCCCACCAACAUCAUGCGCGUCCGGCUUUCGGAUCACGUGCCUUGCAGCGUCACCGCAAUCACAUGCUGACAAUUUUGUCAUUGCUGGCGGGUUCAACGGCGAAUAUGCUAUGCUCGAUCUGAGUGCGGAGCAUGGCUGCGUUACCGAAGGCUUCGUCUCUCAUGCCUACAAUGGCGUCGUCACGCACAUCAGCACCAACCACGACAGACGCUCAGGUCUGCUUCAGGCUGCUUUCUGCUCCAAUGACCGCACAUUACGCAUCAUGGACGCCGCGACAGAGCGGUUCACUAACAUCCACCGCUUUGACCGUGCAGUCAACUGCUCUGCUGUGUCAGCGACCAAUCGGUUGCGGGUUGUGGUUGGUGAUAGCGAGCAGGUGUAUAUCACGGAUGCAGACAGAGGCGAGAUGCUGGCGACUUUACACGGCCAUAACGACCAUAUCUUCUCCUGCGCAUGGUCACCUGACGGGCGGACUGUGGCUACUGGAGCAGAGGAUCGAAAGGUGAUCAUUUGGGAUGCGAGGAACUGGCGACACGCUCUCGCGACACGCACCUGCAUGAUAUCGUCUGCGCGAUCUUUGCACUUCACGGACGAUGGCUUUCUGGUUGCUGCGGAGGACGAGGAUGUGGUGUGUGUGUACGAGCCGCGAAACUUCGACCUGCGGCAAUCGGUACGGUUCUUUGGGUCCAUCUCAGGCGUGGCAUUACUUGAUGGAGGAGCGGAGAUGGUUAUUGCGAACGGAGACAGGAUGGUGGGCGGCCUGAUGAGCUUUCAAAGGGCGGAUCAAGGUCGGAAUGACGGGUCGUACGGCAGGAGGCUGGACGACUGGGUGGAUCUGGAGAGCGUGAUACGGCCAAGACGUGGUGUGGGGCGCCAUUCAUGGGCGGGAGCUUUCGAGGUGAUGGUGUAG